AUGAAUAUAUCGUUUUCUGGAUGUGGAUUUUUAGGCAUAUAUCAUAUAGGGGUAGCAUCAUGUUUAAAAACUUAUGCACCGUACCUUCUGGAAAACAAAAUUUGUGGCUCCUCCGCAGGUGCCAUUUCUGCAUGCUGUCUACUUUGUGAUAUACCUCUGGGAUUGAUGACAAGUCAAAUGUUAGAUAUUGUAAGAGAAUCGAGAUCAAAAGCAUUAGGUCCAUUUAGUCCGUCUAUGAAUAUCACAGAACAUUUAUACAAUCGUCUAAAUAAGGAUUUACCUGAUGAUGCGCAUAAGCGAGUAAGCGGUAAAUUAUUUGUGUCACUAACAAGAGUUCCAGAUGGCAAAAAUGUCAUGAUAUCUCAAUUUUCUAGCAAGGAAGAAGUGAUACAGGUAUUAUUAGCUAGUGCUUUUAUUCCAGUAUUUUCUGGAUUCGUGCCACCUUUGAUUGGUAAAUACAGGUAUAUUGAUGGUGGAUUUACUGACAAUUUACCUAUAGUUGAUAAGAAUACUAUAACUAUUUCACCAUUUAGUGGUCUUAGUGAUAUUUGUCCUCAUGACAACUCUAUUAAAAAGUAUUUAUUAAAGAUAUCAAAUAAUAGUUUUGAAAUGACUAAAACAAAUUGUUUCCGAGUAGCUAGAAUAAUGUUUCCACCAGAACCAGAGAUGCUUGCUAAAUUGUGUUAUCAGGGUUUUGAUGAUGCACUUAUGUUUUUACAAAAAAAUAAACUAAUUAACUGUAAAAUGUGUUUAAUUCAGCGAUAUUCUUUUAUGUUAUCCAAGAAUAAUAUUUAUGAUAUGACUGGCUACAACCCUUCAUGUAUUGAUUGCAAAUGGAAUAAUGCUUUUGCCAAAGUACAAGGAAUGCCAUAUUUCAUCACAUAUACUUUAGAUAGAUACAUUGACUCUCAUAAUAGCAUUUUCAACAGACUCUUAAAAUCUAAAGGAAUACUAUUAGUAAAAUUAUUUACCCUACCUUACAUUGCUAUAGUAGAUUUAGCUUGGGAGUUUGUACUCAAAGUUAUUUGUUCUUCUGGCCUUAUUAAAAAAUCUGUGUGGAAAUUAUCUAAGUAUGCUAUAAAUAGUUUAUUACAUUUCAUUGAUAUUUUUAGUGAAAAAGGUUUAGAAUUAAUUGACAAAAUAUUAUCCCAUAGUUGUAUGUCAAUUGAAAUUCAUGGAAAAGGUAAUAAAUUAAUCUUUUGA